AUGGCAAAAAACCUUGAAUCUUGGUUUGGGAUUGGCUGCUCACUGUCAGAGACUCAGGAGAAACUGAUUAUCAGAUAUCCAGGACAGUCUGUUCUCCUGCCCUGCUCCUGCACUGACCAACACACCAAACCUGUAAGUGUGAAAUGGGAGCAUGUGGACUCAGGAGGGACUGAGGUAUCCAAUGAGACGGAGCUCUACACAGGCAGAGUCCAAAUGUUUAAUAAGAACCUUCCAGCAAAUCUCUCUCUACUGAUCUCCAACCUGACUGAACAAGACCAGGGAACAUACAGAUGUUCAAUCAACAACAAACAGUUCAUCAACAUCAGCCUCAGCAUUAAAGGCUGCACACUGUCAGAGACUCAGGAGAAACUGAUUAUCAGAUCUCCAGGAGAGUCUGUUCUCCUGUCCUGCUCCUGCACUGAUCAACACACCAAACCUGUAAGUGUGAAAUGGGAGCAUGUAGACUCAGGAGGGACUGAGGUAUUAAAUAAGAUGAAGCUCUACAGAGGCAGAGUCCACAUGUUUAAUAAGAACCUUCCAGCAAAUCUCUCUCUACUGAUCUCCAACCUGACUGAACAAGACCAGGGAAUAUACAGAUGUUCAAUCAACAACAAUCAGUCCAUCAACAUCAGACUCAGCAUUAAAGGCUGCACACUGUCAGAGACUCAGGAGAAACUGAUUAUCAGAUCUCCAGGAGAGUCUGUUCUCCUGUCCUGCUCCUGCACUGACCAACACUCCAAACCUGUAAGUGUGAAAUGGGAGCAUGUAGACUCAGGAGGGACUGAGGUAUCCAAUGAGACGCCACGAUACACAGGCAGAGUCCACAUGUUUAAUAAGAACCUUCUAGCAAAUCUCUCUCUACUGAUCUCCAACCUGACUGAACAAGACCAGGGAACAUACAGAUGUUCAAUCAACAGCAAACAGUCCAUCAACAUCAGUCUCAACAUUACAGAUGCCUCCAGGGACACCAGAGAACCAGUAGACCAGAUGCUAAUCAUCAUCGUCUGUGCGCUCUUACUGAUCCUGCUCUUACUGCUGGGAGGAGCUGCUUACACCUACUGGAAAUAUGGAAAAGGAAGAAAAAAGAGUAACGAAAAAGAAACAGGACAGAGAAGAAAUGAGGAUGACAUAACAUACUCAACUGUAAUCCACGGUGGAAACAGCAAACCACCACAAGACCAGGACAAUGUAACAUACUCAUCUGUAGCACAUGGAAAGAAGGACAAAGCCGCCAAAACUGAGGACGUGACCUACUCCUCCUUAGUUCAUGGUAAAAAAGGAAAAGCAACACAAAAACAGGCUGAGGAGGACGUGACAUAUUCAGAUGUAGCUUUUCGUAAGAAUAAAUCAGCAGAACAAAAGGAUGACGUGACCUACUCCUCCUUAGUUCAUGGCAAAAAAGGAAAAAAAACAAAAAAACAGGCUGAGGAGGAUGUGACAUAUUCGGAUGUAGCUUUUUGUAAAGCAGCCAAAUCAUCAGGACAGGAGGACAAAGUGACCAUCUCAUCUGUAGCUGUCAAGGCUCAAAAGGACGCUGAAGAGCCCACUGUUUAUGCCAGUGUGAAGCCUGGCAAAAAAUAAUAAUAGUUACAAAAACAUGUUUUCCCUUAUAUAUGUCUACACAGUGGCGUAGCGUCUGGGUAUGCAGGACAUGCACUUGCAUACAGGCCUGUGAACCACUUCUGUGUUUUAUGUUAUUGGUGCAUAAUCGCCUCUGCAGCCAAAGCCUCAUUUUCUUAAGGUUAUAUGCACACUGGCAAGUCUGUGUGCAGUUCUGCUCUGUUUCUGUGAAACCCACAGUGUGGGUCUGAAACUUGCUGCAACUGCAUUAAUUUCAACCCAGAAUGAAACCACAACUACUACAACUUUUUGACAUGUGGCUUGGAAAUAGACUAAGAAAGGGGUGAGAGACAGAGAAGGUUACCAGUCUAUUACAUCAUGUAACUUUACUAAACCAGUCGAGUUGUAACUUCGUUCACCUCAUACAUCAAGACUGAAAAGACUGACUGUUUGUCAACAGUUAGUUGAUACGAAACAUGAUUAAUUGCAGAAAUGAUGUGAAAGUUUUAUUCCAUUAAAUCUACAAGAACAGGGUAAGCUAGAGCUUAGUGUUUAUCUGCACUCUUCCGCAAUGCUUCUGCAUGGCGGAGCUUUUCGUCCAUUGUAGCCCUAAAAUCACUGCUAAGCAGCCAUUGCUGGCCAAUACUUUGGUCAAUAUUUUAGGUCGCAGCACGCCAGUGUUUUCGAGAUCUGGUCAUAAGAGGAGACUUUAAAAAUACCCAACAUCCUAUAAAAGAGUAGUGUGUUUUGUUUUCUACCCAUUUCCAAAGCAGAAAAUAAAAGAGGAGGUCAGCUUUGUAUUUCUCUGCCUGCCAGCCUCAGCUGAACUUAUGUAGCUUCGGUAAAGUUUGCUCCAUCUUUUAAUGGAGUUUCGGCUAUUUAUACUGUAUUUCAGUUUGCCGCUAUUGUGGUUUUCUUAAUAGCGUCUUGCAUUCAAUACGAAUACAAAGACACCAAUUUAUUCUACCAUUAUAUCAUAAUAAUCUUGCCUCAUAUCAGGUCUUGCUGCGUACAGGCUAGAAGGUUACAACACACAACUGAAAGCAAGGAAUAAAGGAGCGAGUUUGUUUCUUUUCUGCACUCUCUGCCUCUGUAGAGGUGCUGUAAACAGACAAUAACACCACCACCAUACAUUUGAGUACCAGAGGCUAUCAAACUGGUGACUGAGUGGAAAGAAAAAAGGUGACACUUAACACAAAACA